AUGGUAGACGAAGUCGUCGUGAUGAUUGUCGGGAUUUACGUGGAUGACAUUUUGGUGGCUGGGUCUGACGAGGAUUGCGAGGAGUUGCUUGCUUCUCUCAACAAGAAAUUUCCCACCAAAAACCUUGGAGAGUGUCAAUGGUUUGAUGGGUGUGCCAUCGAGAGAGAUGCAGAUGCUGGGACUCUUAGAAUCUCCCAAACCGCGUAUAUCGACAGCAUGGUUGAACGCUUCGAUGUGCAAUCAACUUCCCGCAUCCCCGCUACCCAUGGUACCGAUCUAGGGCCGAAGCGAGAGGAUGAGGAGGGAGGGGGGUGGCCGGUGAGGGCGGCCAUCGGCAGCAUGAUGUGGGUGUCAACUGAUGAGGAGGGAGGGGGGUGGCCGGUGAGGGCGGCCAUCGGCAGNAUGUGGGUGUCGACUUUCUCGCGUCCAGACGUCUCGUUCGCCGUGCGUGCGGUAGCGCGCCACGCCCACGCCCCGGCGAAGCGGCACUGGGAUGCCAUACAGAAGAUCCUCGGCUACCUGAAAGGGACGAGGGACCUCGGCAUCACCUACCAACGGGGAUCGGGGUUAGGGCUUGCCGUGUACGUAGACGCUAGCUACGCCGACACGGAGGAUGGGCGUUCAGUGUCAGGGUUCGCGACGACGGUUGGAGGGCAGAAGCGAAAGGCAUCAUCGCCUUCAACAGCAUCAGCCAAGAAAAAGGGGAGGGGAACAUCCAACCCGCCGACAGGGACCCACAACAUUAUCAAUGCCUUCGCUAAAGGUAGUGGCAAACCGCUGGAUGAGCUCCAGCUCUCGGACGAGCAGCGAAACGUAAUCGACGCUCUUAUCAAGGAGCUGGUCAAGAUCAAAGUAGAAGAAGCAGCAGCAGCAGAGCGCCCCGCAGCACAGAGCGAGGGCGUGCCUUCCGAAGGAGGCGACACCCGGCUGGAGAGGCCGGCUGGCUCGGAGUCAAGCCCGCGACCCGAAGACCAGCCCCGAUCGCCGGCGGACGUCAGCCUCAUCGACACCCUCGCGCGGGCCUUGCAGAGGGUCAAGAUAAAACCGGAGGAUGAAUACAGGGAAGUCCCAACCCCUAAAGAAACAAUACGUACUAGCGCAGGGAAGACGGAUGCGAAUAUCUCGGCAUUGAAGGUGGAGCAUGGGACGGAAGCUGUAGAUCGGGCGGUUAAGGCUUGGCAGCUAAUUAUAUCCAAGAUACAAGUACCGACAAUAGUCCCUGCAAUCCUAGCUAGUGGUUGCCCCACUGAAUCGUGGGAUCAAUUUCUCAACUUUUACCGAGUGCACGCAGAAACGGACAAGUUGGAGUUGCAGGGGCAGUGGUACUCGUUGAAGCAGCAAGUAGGGGAGGAGCCCCGGCGCUAUCUCACAAGAGCAUCAGUACUUCGCCAGAAACUAGAAGCGUACGGUUGGGUGCAAUCCGAUCAUGAUGCUAACGUCCACUAUGUACGCAUCCUCCUGCCCGAUUUCAAUGUGCAGAGGAGCGUGUUGUUGGCGCAUUCGGAGGUCAAGACGGAAUUGGUAGAGAAGGUGAUUCUGACUGCCUGGGCGGAGACGGAGGCCGC